AUGAGCGAAGAAGAGGAUGCGGAGACGCUCGGCGGGGAUUUUGAUUUGAGAGCGUUCACGGCGCAGCUCGAGAGGGCGAUGUUGGAGGGUGGUGACGACGACGAGGGCGCGAUGACUUUGACAGCCACGAAAAGCGUUUCGGUGGUGCAAACGGAAGUGGUGGAUGAUGUAUCGAUGCUCGAGGAGGAGGAUGACGAGGAUGGUGGUUUCGAAUACGAGUUGGACGGCGCGAGCGAAGGCCCGCUCACUGGGCGCGAGUUAGCGCUGUUGUGCAUUAAAAAGUACGGCAAGGCACACGACAUGGCUAUCAAGCACGUCAAAAUGGGGUCCGGUAUGAAGCGGUGGGUUAGCCUCAAUCUUUACGUCGGGCAUCUCGGGCAAAGAUCUUACCCGCAGACGGAGGCGGAAUAUUUGGAACAACUAGACGUCAUCGCGUAUUUGAUCAACACUUGGUCGCAGGCAGACUACACGCGAGUAUUUUUCCGAGAGAAACCGAUCGCGCGACGAGGUUUACCAUCGCGUCCGCGCGUCGAUACGUGCGUCACGUUGCAGUUCGCGCGCAGCCCGACAUGGGACGACGAAUUAGGAGACGAAUUCUUCCCCUACUAG